AAAGGCACACCACCACCGCCACUUAGAGAUAUUAAAAAACGAAAAAAAAAAAAAAAAAAAAAAAAAAAAGGGCAAAGACCAUUUUAUUCUCUCGCAGAAUGAGUCAUUCUCCGUCUUCCUCGACACUUUCUCUGUCGGAGCAACAAAAUGUUAUUGAAAAACAACAAGUUUUUAAGAUCCAAGGACGUGAUAAACAUGGUCAUAACGUUCUUCACAUCGUAGGGAGGUUCUUUCCAAGUCGGCUUGUGAGCAGCAAGGCUUUGAACAAGUUUUUGGAGGAGAGAAUUUUCGUAGAGUUGGGAGAAAAGCCGUUUUCAGUGGUGUACUUUCACACAGGAGUUCAACGAAGUGAAAACUUCCCCGGAAUCUCUUUACUGCGAACAAUCUACGAGGCUUUCCCCGUCAACGCCAAGGAUCACCUUGAAGCUCUUUAUUUUGUCCAUCCGGGUAUACAGGCCCGUCUCUUCCUGGCCGCCUUCGGUCGUCUGCUUUUCAGUGCAGGGCUGUACAAGAAGCUCAAGUACGUGAACAGGCUGGAGUUUCUUUGGGACCAUGUGAGGAGGAACGAGAUGGAAAUACCGGCGCAUGUGUAUGAUCACGAUGAGGAGCUGGAGUACCGUCCAAUAAUGGACUACGGCAUAGAGAGUGAUCACCCCAGAGUCUACGGUGAGCCCUUGGAGUACUACUAUCCUGUGUCCAUGUAUUCCAUGCGCUGCAUCGCCUAGCUGCUAUCUAAUCUACGUACUACCGAUGGCUUCGUUUUUAGAGGUUUUGAAAUGAGAGGGUGUAGCCUGGAAGGAAAGCAUAUCUAAGUUUUCUCCUCCUUCUUCGACUUUUUGUUCAUAUUUUGUACAGAGACUGCGUGUUGUAUGAACGAACUUCUUUAUUGUA